AUGGAGCCUUCAAGAAUUGAACGUGUUAAAAGGGGUGCUAUUAUGGGCGGGGCAGUUGGAUUAUGUCUUGGAUUAGUACUUGGCACCUGGACUAUAUUUAAACAUGGUCCAGGUUCACGUGGCUACAUCAACACAUUAAGCCAAUUUAUGGCCACAUCAGCAGGAUCAUUUGCCUUGUUCAUGAGUAUUGGAUCGUUUAUUCGCAGUGAAGAGGCUUCUAAUAACAGCAACAGUGGCAAUAAUAAUAACACGCUACAGCCGCAGAAUUUAAUGUGGAAACAACAUUUGGAGAAACGUCGAUUAUUCGUAUCUCGAGGAUUUGCUAAUUUACCAGUUGAAGUAUUGGAAAGACAGAAAUGGGAUCGUUCGAUGGUCGGUAUUGUUAAAGAUCAAGAUUCUUAG